GCGCAGUGAGGAAACCCCCUCUGCAGCUCCGCCACAGAUCUCCUCUUGUAGCACACGCUCAUCUUCAGUAGACACUGUGUACACUGUCGAGACGGUCAGUCGGUACCGUACGUCGCCCUCACAUUCGACCGUGUACCCCAAACAACGAGCGGCACGGACUGCAUGCGUCCACGGCAAACGGAGUGUUCCUGAGGAGACGUGAGUGUCUGUACUUUUCCCGGGUGUUUUCCUCCCCGGAGGGCUGCAGGGUCCCGAGAUGAACCAAACUGCCUCCGUCUCGCAUCAAGUGAAAUGCCAGUCCACCAAGAGCAUCAAGGACCUUGGAGGGGGGAGUCCUCCCGCGAGGAACUGGAAGGGAAUAGCCAUCGCUCUGCUGGUCAUCCUGGUGGUCUGCUCCCUCAUAACCAUGUCAGUCAUCCUCCUUACCCCAGCGGACAGCCAGGCCGGGAGCGACACCAAACUCACCGUGGAGGACCUGUUCCGAGCGGAGUUUGUGAUCCAUGACCCGGAAGCUAAAUGGAUCAACGACUCCGAAGUUAUCUACAGGACCCCAGAAGGCCAUGUGAUCAAGUUCAACAUCCUAACCAAUGAAAGUGAGAUCCUUCUGACGAACGCAACGUUUAUUAACUUCAAUGUGGCAAAGUAUUCAAUCUCUCCUGAUUUGAAGUACGUCCUCUUUGCUUAUGAUGUGAAACAGGUGUACCGGCAUUCCUACGUGGCGUCCUACAGCGUCUACAACAUCCACACGCGUGAGGUAUGGGAACUAGACCCUCCAGAGGUCGUCAACUCUGUGCUGCAGUACGCUGCCUGGGGAACUCAGGGUCAACAGCUGAUCUAUAUUUUUGAAAACAACAUCUACUACCAGUCCGACGUCCAGAGCAACUCGCUCCGGCUCACCUCCUCUGGGAAGGAGGGGGUCAUCUUCAACGGGAUUGCUGAUUGGCUGUACGAAGAGGAGGUCCUCCAGACCCAAGUGGCCCACUGGUGGUCUCCAGACGGGGAGCGCCUUGCCUUCCUGGUCCUCAACGACAGCCUGGUGCCCAACAUGGUGCUGCCACGCUUCACCGGCAUGACCUACCCUAGAGGCAAGCAGUACCCCUACCCCAAGGCGGGCCAGGCCAACCCCCAGGUGAAGCUGUACGUGGUCAACCUGUACGGCCCCACCCACACCCAGGAGCUCACCCCCCCAGACAGCCUCAAACUCCGGGAGCACUACGUUACCAUGGUGAAAUGGAUCAGUAAGACCAAGACGUGUGUGCGGUGGUUGAACCGAGCCCAGAACAUCUCCAUCCUCACCGUGUGUGAUACCACGACAGGCGCCUGCGUCAAGAGACAUGAGGAGAGUUCUGAGCUCUGGCUUUCCAAGCAGAAUCAGGAGCCGGUCUUCUCCAGAGACGCCAGCCGCUUCUUUCUCACCGUUCCUGUAAAGCAGGGAGGGCGCGGAGAGUUCCACCACAUCGCCAUGUUCACCACACAGUUCAGAACAGACCAGAACGAGGUUCGUCACCUGACCUCGGGCAACUGGGAGGUGACCAAGAUCGUGGCGUAUGAUGAAGACAACGACAACCUUUACUUUCUCAGUACAGAAGGAUCGCCACGACGACGUCAGCUGUUCAGUGUGAAAACCGUGGGCCUGUUCCCGAGACACUGCCUCACGUGCGAGCUCAACAAAGCCCACUGCCUGUACUUCGAGGCGGACAUCAGCCCCACCAACCAGCACAUCAUCCUUCACUGUAAAGGUCCAGGAGUUCCUACUGUGAUCCUACACAACCUCCAUAAUGCCAAUUACUACAUCCUAGAGAACAACUCCCAGCUAAAGGCAGCGUUGAAAUCCAAGAGGAUCCUACUGACAGACUUCCGGACAGUACAGAUUGAACAUUUUGAUUUACCUCUGAAGAUCUCCUACCCUCCAGACUUCUCUGAAUCCCGUCACUACGGUCUACUUUUACUGAUCGACGGCUCUCCCGGUGGCCAGUCGGUGAAUGACCGCUUCUUUCUGGACUGGGACUCAGCGCUGGUGAGCUCGGAAAACAUCAUUGUGGCCCGUCUAGACGGGCGGGGCAGUGGCUUCCAGGGCCAGAGGGUCCUCCAUGAGCUGCACCAGCGCCUGGGGACCGUGGACGUCCAGGACCAGAUCGCAGCAGUAGAAUAUAUGAUGAAACUCCAAUAUAUUGAUCGAACGAGGAUAGCAGUAUGUGGAAGGGGUUACGGGGCCUACCUGGCGUUAAUGAUGCUGAAGUCUACUGACGGUCUGUUUAAAUGUGCCUGUGCCAUCUCCCCGGUCACAGACUGGACAUUAUACGCAUCAGCCUUCUCAGAGCGAUAUCUGGGAACACCACUAUGGGAUGACAGCAGAUAUCAGUUCUCCAGCGCGCUCCAAAACGCUCAGGCCUUCCGGGAGCAGACACUGAUGCUGGUGCAUGGCACGGCGGAUGCCAAUGUUCACUUCCAGCACACUGCUGAGCUAAUCAAGAACCUGGUGAAAGUUGGAGCGAAUUACACAAUGCAGGCACGUACCAAAAACACCCUGUACACCUGAGGAGCUUGUUAUAUGGUGUACCGUCCCGCUGUACACAUGGGGACCUGUAUACCUACAUACUAUACACACGUGCAUGUACCUUACAAACAAAGUACACAUGCCAGGACCUCGCUGAGGGGGAUAUUGAGAUACUGUUCAUGUUAAGACUAAGCUGUAUGGUAGGAAGAUGUACUAUAGGCAUGAGGACCUAUGUGUUAUGGUUGACUGUUACACAAUGCACCUAAGGGCCUAGGCAUAUGGUUUACUGUAACAAUUUAUAGUAAGGACCUAGGCAUAUGGUUUACUGUAACAAUUUAUAGUAAGGACCUAGGCAUAUGGUUUACUGAAAUACUUUACACAUGAGGACCUGAGCAUGUGCUUUACUGUUACACUUUGUACAUGAGGACCUAGGCAUAUUGUUGACUGAAAGACUUUAAACAUGAGGACCUAGGCAUAUGGUUUAAUUAAACACUUUAAACAUGAGGACCUAGGCAUAUGGUUUACUGUUACAAUAAACACAUAAUGAUACCAAAAUACAUGUGAGGACCUAUGUGUCUGGUAUACUAAUUUAUUAUUCAUGUGAGGACCUAGGUUUCUAGUAUACUGAUAUACUGUUCAUGUGAGGACCUAGGUGUCUGGUAUACUGUUCAUUUUAGGACCUAGGUUUCUGGUAUACUUAUACAUGUCCUAGGUGUUUGUGAUUUUCGAGAUGUCACACAUUUUAACUCAAUCCUUUGUGGAUUGCUAAAUCAAACAAACAGUUCCACAAAAUACAACCAAUCAUCUUCAAUUGUUUUUUCCUGCCAGAUCUACCCAGAUGAGGGUCACUUCCUGUCUCGACAGAGCCGCCAGCACCUCUCUGCCACCCUGACAAGUUUCUACAGGGAAUGCCUACAGGAACAGAUUCUACCGCUCAGCGAGGAAGAGGAGGAGGAGGAGGAGUAGGCGAGUGUCAUAUUGGGGUCAGACCUUUUUGACAUGGCGCCAUCUGCUAUGUAGAAUCUGGCUAAAGAACCCGCUGACGAGGAGCUGUUUGGCGUUUGGAACAAGUGUUCAUCUAGAAGUGGACACCAAGAGCAGUCUCGGCUCGGAAAUGUGUGUAUGGUGCGUGAGGGAGUGUGUGUGUGUGUGCACGUUUGUGCACAUCUGUGUGAGUGUGUCUGUGACCACUGUUCUGGCGUGAGGAACGCGGCUUGUGUGAGUGCGUACGGUUGUGUAUUAUCGUUUCGAAUAGAUCCCUAAAAGGACACCUGUUGACUACAACGAACAGCCAGGACAAAGUAACUCAAUCCCCAGCCCCAAAACUCCACCUCCUCCGACACCACCUCCACUUCCCCCACCUCCCCAAACACCACCCCUAACACAACCCCCAACACAACCUCCACAGCUCCGCAACACCACCCCAACCUCCACACAACACCACCCCCGGCUGCCCCAACACCACCCCCGGCUACCCCAACACCACUUCCACCUCCCCCAACACCACCCCCAGCUCCCCCAAACACACCUACAGCUAGUGUCUUCUCACUAGAAACCCUGGAAUCCUGCGAUCAUCUCUGGGGAAAGCACGGGGGGUUGUCCUCAUUCCCAUCUGUACAGCACGCAUUUCUAUUUAUUUUUUCACCCGCUGGUUGUCUUUGCAGCAGCGAAAAAUUGUAAGGAGGUGGAUGUCUAAUAUCCACACACAGAGGACGCCAGCCCCUUCUUCAUUACCUCUUCACUGAGCUCUGCUACUGAAGUUCAGCACAAAUGGUUCACGGGUGAGUUCACCUCCGAUCCUGAGACUGAGCUCUGCUACUGAAGUUAACACAAGUGAUUCACUGGUGAGUUCACCACCGAGCUUCUCUACUGAGCUCUGCUCCUGAAUUUAACACAAGUGAUACACUGGUGAGUUAACCACCGAGCCUCUCUACUGAGCUCUGCUCCUGAAUUUAACACAAGUGAUUCACUGGUGAGUUCACCACCAAGCCUCUCCACGACAAAGUGCAAUUCCUGCCCGCGUCCUCCACCAUAACUCCAUAUCUACGCUUCAUUUAUUUCUUUCAGGUAACACUUUAGUGAAAAAAAGGAUCUUCUGUGGACAUGUACAAUGCCUUAUAAGGUUCGAUAAACUCUACAAUUAUGUGCUUGGACUUCAACAUCGACGGUUGGUUAAUGCCUGUCUGUGGAAACUCAGGUCCUGCACUAACACCAUCGCACCGUACUGAUUUUGUUCUCAGAAAUGGCUGACUACGUCAAGCGGUAGAGACGUGGAGCGCAACGUGAUGGAUUAUUUUACAAGAUGGCUGCCUUGGUUUGGUAUUGAUUUAAGCAGAAAAUAUGUCCCUCUUGAUAUACUGUGUAAUUUCCCAAUAUUAGCGCUCUAGUUAAAGUGAGAUAUCUGACAAUGAAGUGAGAUCCCAUUUUUUUUAUUGCAAAAAAAACUUGAAAAUGAAACAUAGGUAUAUAUACCUUUAUCAGAAAACAAAAUUAAACUAGUUUUGUAGUCUCAA